AUGGGGCGAGCCUGUCCGGAUAACCGGGUGAAACUGGCCAGUAACUCCUUGGAAGCUGGAGUCCGAAUUUGCUUUCAUUCCUUUCACCAGCAGUAUAACCACUACAAGUCCAAUGUGGAGGUUUUCAAGUUACAACCAAAUAAACCCAGCAAAGAGCUGGCUGAGCUGGUGAUGUUUCUGGCGCAGAUUGGCCACUGCUACCCAGAACAUCUAAGUAACUUCCCUCAAGAGCUGAAAGAACUUCUCUCCUAUAAUCAUACCGUCUUGGAUCCAGAUCUUCGAAUGACAUUUUGCAAAGCUUUGAUCUUGCUGAGAAAUAAGAACCUCAUCAAUCCAUCAAGUUUGCUAGAGCUCUUCUUUGAACUUCUGCGUUGCCAUGAUAAGCUUCUGCGAAAGACUUUAUACACACAUAUUGUGACUGACAUCAAGAACAUAAAUGCAAAACAUAAGAACAAUAAAGUGAAUAUAGUUUUGCAGAAUUUCAUGUAUACCAUGCUAAGAGAUAGCAAUGCCACUGCAGCCAAGAUGUCUUUGGAUGUGAUGAUUGAACUCUACAGAAGAAAUAUCUGGAAUGAUGCCAAAACUGUGAAUGUUAUCACAACUGCAUGUUUCUCUAAGAUCACCAAGAUAUUAGUAGCUGCUUUGACAUUCUUCCUUGGGAAAGAUGAAGAUGAGAAACAGGACAGCGACUCAGAAUCGGAGGAUGAAGGACCCACAGCAAGAGACCUGCUAGUACAGUAUGCCACAGGGAAGAAGAGCUCCAAAAACAAGAAGAAGUUGGAAAAGGCAAUGAAAGUACUUAAGAAACAAAAGAAGAAGAAGAAGCCAGAGGUGUUUAACUUUUCAGCUAUUCACUUGAUUCAUGAUCCUCAAGAUUUUGCAGAAAAACUACUAAAGCAGCUAGAGAGCUGUAAGGAGAGGUUUGAAGUGAAGAUGAUGCUCAUGAACCUGAUCUCCAGAUUGGUGGGAAUUCAUGAGCUUUUCCUCUUCAACUUCUAUCCCUUUGUGCAAAGGUUUCUGCAGCCCCACCAGAGAGAAGUAACUAAAAUCCUUCUGUUUGCCGCACAAGCCACUCACCAGCUUGUUCCCCCAGAGAUCAUUCAAUCAUUGCUCAUGACUGUGGCCAACAAUUUUGUUACUGACAAGAACUCGGGGGAAGUCAUGACUGUGGGAAUCAAUGCUAUAAAAGAGAUAACAGCUCGAUGUCCUCUAGCCAUGACUGAAGACCUUCUUCAAGACCUGGUUCAAUAUAAGACACAUAAAGAUAAGAAUGUAAUGAUGUCUGCUAGAACUUUGAUUCAGCUCUUCCGGACACUGAAUCCUCAGAUGUUGCAGAAGAAAUUCCGGGGUAAACCUACAGAAGCUUCUGCAGAAGCAAGAAUACAGGAAUAUGGAGAAUUAGAUGCUAAAGACUACAUUCCAGGAGCUGAGAUUCUGGAAGUUGACAAAGAAGAGAAUGCUGACAAUGAUGAAGAUGGAUGGGAGAGUGCCAGCCUCAGUGAGGAGGAGGAGGAGGAUGCUGAUGGUGAAUGGGUUGAUGUCCACCACUCUUCUGAUGAAGAGCAGCAAGAAAUUGCCAAAAAACUGAACAGCAUGCCCAUGGAGGAGCGUAAAGCCAAGGCCGCAGCCAUCAGCACAAGUCGAGUUUUAACUCAAGAAGACUUCCAAAAAAUCCGAAUGGCCCAGAUGAGGAAAGAACUAGAUGCUGCCCCUGGAAAAGCCCAAAAGAGGAAAUACAUUGACAUUGACAGUGAUGAGGAUUCCAGAGGUGAAUUGCUGUCUCUUCGGGACAUUGAGCGCCUUCAUAAAAAGCCAAAGUCUGAUAAGGAGACAAGACUAGCAACUGCAAUGGCUGGAAAGACAGACCGGAAGGAAUUUGUGAGGAAGAAAACCAAAAUAAAUCCAUUUUCAAGCUCUACAAAUAAAGAAAAGAAAAAACAGAAGAACUUCAUGAUGAUGCGAUACAGCCAGAAUGUUCGAUCAAAAACCAAGCGUUCCUUCCGAGAAAAGCAGCUCGCGCUUCGAGAUGCACUCUUGAAAAAGAGGAAAAGAAUGAAGUAACUUCAAGCCUAUUUUUCUCCCAGGGAGACUAAGUUUGUGUUCUUACUCUGAAUAUUUACAAAUCAAGAACAUGUGUCUAUAAUAAAAAGUUAAGAAGCAGUAUAUUGAGGCUGGGAAUGUGGCCUAGCAUGCAUGAAGCCCUAGGUUCCCAUUCCUCAGUACCAGAAAACACAAAAGCUGGA